CUGCAUGUCAGCUCACUUCCUCUUUUUCAAUGUGGAUUUUGUAGCCACUUUCGCUUCUGUAUUCUUUCUGUUUCUCUACUGUUUGUUUUCGAUGGUCAUCACUUUAUCAUCAUCAUUAUUAGUCAUUCUUACUUCUCUGUCUGUCUGUCUGUCUGUCUGUCUCUCUCUCUCUCUCUGUCUGUCUGUCUGUCUCUCUCUCUCUCUCUCUCUCUCUCUCUCUCUCUCUCUCUUUGUGCAUCACUUUGUAGUGUCUCCAUCAUCUACAUGCAUUUGCAUGAAUGACGUCCCGUAUUUCCUCCAUCACUAAAACAAACGACUGAGACAAAAGAGGAACAGGGCCUCAGUAGAAGAGGGUGGAAUGCUUGUAUCACACACUCCCAGGUCAGUUAAUGGAUUCCUUUGGUUCGUGGAUAAAAGCCGGAGCAGCUUUUCAGAUAAGUUUUGGUAAUUAACAGGCUCAGUCUCUGAACAGUAAGAGGGUGCUGUUACCAUGGCAACUGGCAAGCAAGGCUUUGUGAGAGCUACCGAGCCUCAGCAUUUGGUCUCUGUUCAGAGAGAGAAAGAGAUGCACGUUCAGGCCCCACUACCAGCCAUGUAUAUCCAAGCCGUGUCUGGCUUGUCAUCCUACCCUCAGAGUCAGCCAGCAGCCGUGCAGGAAUCAGCAGUCAUUCCUCUGUCCGUGCCAAUGAUGUAUGCCAACCAGACUCUGCCCCUUCUGACUUUGCACAUAGCGAGUGGGGCAGGUCUCCAGCAGCAGAGGCCUGAACCUCCAGCAUCUUCAUCAAGACCCAAGUCUCAAAGGAAGCACGUGUGCCCACAUUGUGGAAGGGACUGUCUGAAACCCAGUGUUCUGGAAAAGCACCUGCGCUGCCACACCGGCGAGAGGCCAUAUCCUUGCCCCACCUGUGGCAUCUCCUUUAAGACACAGAGCAACCUCUACAAACACAAGCGUACUCAGGCCCAUGCUCGUCUCUCCAGCGAAUCCGGAAAGGGAACCUUCAGCAGCCAGGAGAGCACUGAGAGCUCAAGGGAGAAUUGCCGUAGUCCCUCAUUGGAAUUACAAAAUGAAGAUUCAGGUGACACAAACAGGAAUGAUGGUGCUCUUCCUGCUGUGGCAACAAGCACAGCUACAUCAGAAGAGGUCAAAUCAGGAUCUGAGACAGAGUGGGCUUUAUGCAAAGCUGCAGUGGUUGGAGUUAUCGCUUCACCAGCACAUGGACAACAAGUAAUUUCGCAUACUAUAACCCAGAGGGUACCUCAACUACCAUCUGAUGCUGCACCAACACAGGUAAAAUGCCCGAAUCGAGAUGGACGUGCUCCACUGGCUCCAAAUCGCAUUCCACUUCAGAGGCAGGAGGCACUCUUUCCAAAGUCUCAAAGCCAUGACAGCACAGACUCAGGCUUUAGUGAAAGCAACGAACAACACUCAACUUCCAGUCCUGGAGCCACUGUGAACGAUCCCAGUAUGGAACUGGAUGAGCCUGAAACUUCUGUGAAGAUCUCAGAUGAGGCCACUGAUGACACCAAGAAUAAAGUUUCACUUCAGGAGAAACAAAAGCUAGAGAAACACAUCUUGAAGCUUAUCUCAGACAACAGCGUGGUAAUGGAUGACCAACACCUGGUAAAUGUCCGGCCGAGGAAGACGGGUUUGUCGAAGCAAGGUAGUAUUGAUCUUCCCAUGCGUUAUACUUACAAAGACUCAUUCCAUUUUGAAAUAAAAAGCAGCAAACAUCUAGUAUCCGGUUCACAAAAGCAAGACAAAAAUGGCAGGGCUUUUUACAGCUCUAUGCCUACUCAAUAUUCUACCAGCUUGGAACACGCACCAUUAACCCGAAGCAGUUCUUUACCAUUUAGCAUGGGCAUUCCAAACAGUGACAGCACAGUUUCACCUUGCCAAGUAGACAACAUUCCAUUGAGCAGGAGGUGUAGUGCAGGACAUAUUUAUCCAUUUAAGUCAAUAGACCAACACACACCCAGCCAUCGUUCACUGGUCAGACAAGUAGCAGUGGAUGGCUUAUCUGCAGUGGAAGGCUCUCUAAUGGAAAGGGGAAGUCUUAGUAGCCUCAGUUCUGAUGGAGACUGCACUGACACAACAUCAGAGUCGCCUGUCAAAAGAUGCCGUAGGAAGAAAGCAGAAAAGUUUGCCUACAAUAAAUGGUACAUGUAUGGAGGUGGUACGUUUAAGAAGCUCUACAACACAGAGAAAGAUUCUGUAUUGAAGAGUAGAAAGUCCACACUUAGCCCUGAGCAAACAGACAGCCAGGGUAUUCAAAUAAGCCAACAGAUUGAAAGCAAUUCAUCUGCAUCUGUAUCUGGGAACUAUAUUUCUUGCUCUGCUCCAAGUCUGUCUCCUGCUCUCACAACACAGGCAUCCAGUCAGGCUCUCUCCUCUUACGUACUUGUACAAAAUACACCAGUGAAACAAUCAACAGGGCAACACCAGCAAACCCUGACCAAGCAAACUAAUGUCCCAUGCUCAGACUUGAGUAUUGCAAUGAAUGUAAUAAAAGGCAUGGAAGAAAAAGGAAGAGCAUCUGAUACACAACUUUCAACUCUGAUACCAUCAGAGAGGAAAAAGCAAAAGACAGAUGAACAAUUUUCAGCCCUUGCCAAAAAUUCAGAAGCCCUAAUAAGGAUGCAGCAAUGCUCGAGCCGACAGAUAAACACCAACCUAUGUCAGUCAUUACAAUCAGAGUGUUGUGAUGUUCCCCAGAAGUCAAGUUUAACUUCACCGCAGAGAGACAAUGGGUUAAGUCUUAACAGACAAGACAGUUUCACCAAUCUGUCUUCCUCCUCAAAUCAGAGACAGCACCUUUUCAAGAGGCACAGUUCUCCGCUUUUUGCAGCCAAUAUAAGCGGGACAUCUGCGUCUCCGUCUGUCUCCUCCAGCAUCUCCUCGGUUUCUCAAGCCAAGACCAGCUUUCUUCCCAAGUACCAGCUGAAGAUUCCUGUUUUGACAGAUGGCAUGUCAGAUCCUUGUCUUGGCAAAAGUUCCUUGUUGAAUCCGUCUUCAACCAGACAGAAUGUUAGUCUGAAUCAGCAAACUGCAACAACUUCACCAUCCUCACAACAAAACCAGGCAUCUAUGACCAUGAUGUCCCCUGGACAAGGGCAAGGUACUUUGUGUGUAACAGCCAUAACAAAGGCAACAUCUAUGACAUCUGCUGUGUACAGUUGCCAGAAUGAUAAUGCCUACACAUCGACCUACACCUCUACAUCAGUCUCGUUGGCUUCUCCAUUAGCAUUCACGGACCUCAGUCUAACAGUUAGCACAACACAUAGCUCAAUCUCACCAGUUAGUCAUUCAUCUACAUCAACAAAACACAGCCAGGUCCAUGCAGGAAAUGUGGCAUCUGUACAAGACAGUCCUGUUACAUCAGUAGUGAUCCCAACACAAUCACUAGGAGUACCUACACCAGUACUUCCGGGCUCUACAGAUGGCAUCCCUUUGGAGAUAAGCGGCACUGAAGUCCAGGGAUCUCAGGACACAUUUUACGUACAAACGGCAGACCUCCAGAUAGUCAUGCAACUUAUAUCCGAUGAGCAGCUUGCACUGAUAGAACCACAGAUUGAAAUGCAGGACUAUAAAACUACUGGAGGUCAAUGUUUUCUCAGGAAAGAUCCAGAAACAUCUGGGACUGACACAACCCCAACAGGUGUUUCACAGAAAAUACAUAAACAAUGCUCUGGUGAUGCAGGAACAAAGCUAGCUGUUGAACAGGGAAAUGUAAACAGGAGUGUGCUCAGCAACAUCCCAGACAUAACACUCAUGUCAUCUGGAUCAACAGUUACAGAACACAAGGCAAGGAGUACAAAAAGUGCUCAAGAUAUUUAUUUUACAAACACUGGCAUUAAAGGAGUUAUUUCAAGGUCACCUUCCAAGUCAGAGCAUGGUGUUUCAGCAUUACUGGACAGCAGGACAUUUGGACAACAGUGUAAACGUUUAGGUUCAACACCUGAAGAGAGUACAGUGCCAAAAGGCCCAGAGACUGUAGGGAGUGGUAUUAGUGCUGAAUCAUAUCUUAAACAAAUUCCUAGCGAGAAAGUGAGUAAAACUUCAGCAGGCAAAUCCAGAGCAAGAAAUGAGUCAGAGGGAAGCAAAUCUUCUGUGUCUGACCAUAUAUUGAGAAACUAUUCAACAUCCAUUAUAUGCAACAUUCAGCAAAGUUGUCAAGACACUACACACAACCAUGGGACAAGUCAUACAAUUUUGGGUUCUGCCAACAAUACAGCAUUAUCCUCAGAGGGCAAAUUGGUGAAAGUGAAAUCUUCACCACCAGAAAUAUCUGUAAGAAAUAUUUGUCCAAACCUUCAGCCUGUGCAAAUGACAGUUCAGCAGCAUAAAUCACUUGCCUUAACAAAAUCAGUAGAAAAACAGACGACUGAAACAAACACAUCAUGUAUCUCUGGGGCAUCUUCAGCUCAGGGUCUACCACUGACCGCCAUGUCGUCUUCAAACCAUGAUGAACCGAUUCAACACAAGACAUGCCAGUCAUCAAAUGCCUCUUCAAUCAUCACAAAAGCGAUCAGCACACGGAGUGUACUAGCAUGCCGGGUAUCUCCACAACAACCUUUAAACCAGACAGGUGCAUUCAGUGGAGACAGGUCAACCUAUGACAAAAAUCAGACCUCUGCUUCAGGUCGAUCCGGGCAACAUUCAAUCCUACAAGUCUGGUCUAAAACUGAGGAUGUCAAGACAAUCACAUCCAGUUUUGAGUCGCAUGGACCAAUCUUAAAGUGUCUUAAAGAGGAGAGUAUUAAAUGUGCACUUGCGCCUGGUGGAAUACUUCAUGUCGCUCAGGAUUCAUUCACAGGGCCUUCGGUGAGCCGUUCUCUACAAAAUUCAAAGUUAAACAGGGAGGCUGGGACAGCGAGACAGAAGUGGAUUCCCCUGGAAAAUAAGAGAAGAGGAGGAGAUGGGACAGAGCGGGUGCGGUCGUGGGACCCAAAGAGCACAUGGACAAAAGAGGAGGAGGAGGAGGAGGAGGAGUCCAUGGAAAAAAAUAAAGAGGAGGCAAAAUGCACUGAAAUCUACCACAAAGCAGUGAAGCCACGUCCCGACCUUUCCACGUCGCCACACAGGACUAACGCCAAAGCAUCAUCGCCUGAGAUUGUUUCCAUCACCCCUACACCAGCAAUCUGUGUAAUAUCCAACUUUUCAUCUGAAAGCACCAACAAAGUUAGAGAAAACAGUCCUGGUGUUAACCUGGCUCCAAAACACAUUGAACAAAGUAACAAAAAAGUGAAGAAACACAUUUCUCUUGGAUGUCAUGAAAGUUUAACGCCGUUAUCCAAAGGACCAGGUGACAUGAGGCAUCUCUUGGCUCAUUCAUCUCCUUUAGUGAACGCCACUCAGGAGGAGGUCAAAAAAGAGACACAAACCAAAAAUCUGACUCAUUCAACAAGCACGCAAGUGCAAAGGCCACUGCCAAAGCAAGAAGCAGAUGGAACAGCACAAAUCAGUGUGGCGAUCGAACUCGGCACAACAUCACUUCGCAACACUGAUCACUGUCAGAUAAUAAAAACCUCACCGGCACAUACACGUCCUUCAUGUUUAAACCAGACUAACAGCUCUUGCAUACAUCCAAAUCCAACAUGCACAUCCAGAAUUCACAGCAACCCUACAGAACAUAAUGCUCCACACAGCUACAUGGAGGAAGAGGAGGAGGAGGAGGAGGAGGAGAAGGAGGAGGAGAGGUCCAGCAGCAGUGACGAUGAGGGAAAACUAGUGAUUGAACUUGAAUAAAAACUCAAGGCUUAUGGUGGCAGAACAUGUGCAGAAAUCUUAACAAACCACAAAUAUGGCAAAUUAAAAGGGGAGGUCAUUUUUGAACAUCACAUGCUUCAAAUGCUCGUUAUUGAUUGGCUACACCGGGUGUCCGACUGAGAGACGAUGGAACACUUGAGAGCUUGAGGAAGUUUAGAGUAAAUACAGUAAAUCUCCAGUAAAUAGCCAGCACGUUGCUUGGAUUAUACUCUGUAUGUCUGUGUUGCUUUGCUCUGGGUUCCCUGGAGAGGAAGAAACAGGUUUCCUCCCCCACAAAACAUGUAUGUGGAUUGGCUAUGCUGAUAAUGAUGAAUCUGAGUGUUCGGGAUGCCCUGCGAUAGACUGAAAGGCCCAUUUUCACGUCCAGUUUAGGCCACACCCAAUUUAGAUUGAAAUCCAAAAACAGAUUCAUCAGCAGCAUUAAUCAGAACAGAUGUAGAUAUACACCAAUGGCAUUACAACACUAUAUGAUCUACUCUGUUUGUGUUGUUUGUUUUGUUUUUAUAUUUUCUGCUUUGCCAUUGGCUUGUUAAAGUAUUUUGCACUUUCAGGCCACUUUAUCUACGAACAAACCCUCUGGCUGCAUUUUUGUCCAAGCUAACACCAAACCAUAAUGAUGCCAAACGAAAUGCACAGCAAACACCAAGGAAUGCACAGUCUUCUUAAUGAUAUGAUUCAAAUUGUUUCCAGGACAGCAAAUAGGGUGUGAAUGUAUGUGAAGCUGCAUUUCCACAGUCACUGGAGUUCCACAGGGAUCGCUCAUGAGCACAAUCAAGAUUUCAGGUGUAAGGAGAUUUAACAGAGAGACAGACAGACAGAUUCCUGAAAGCCUUAGACAUUGCCAUAAAAAAUGUAAACAUAAACCAGUCAUCAUUCCCAUCUUUCUUUGUUGUUUUUUUUCAGGCUGCUGUUAAAUGUCAGACAUUUCUACGCAAAAGUUUGACUGAUAAGUGUAAAUGCAAAACUAAUAAAUUUUUUAAAAGACUA